AUGUUCAAGGUCCUCGCUGACGACUGGCAUGUUCAAACCCUUCCUAGCCAAGGGCAAAGCGCGAAUUCGCUCAGUGGCCAAGCCAAAAUGGGACAGAAAGGUUCCUCGCACAACGAGAAAGCCCAGUUGGCAGAUACACUAUCGGCCGCCCAUCCCGCGAUUCCUUGGGUUAUCGGAGUAGAGUUUGCAGAUGCAGCCUGCACACAUGGCAGGAAUUUGAUCAUCGAGCAGUCUUCUCUAACGCCUCAACAAAUAAGUCCUUCGUCUGGCAGGUUCAAACCCUUCCUACCCAAGGGCAAAGCGCGAAUUCGCUCAAUGUCCAAGGUUCAAACCCUUCCUACCCAAGCGCAAAGCGAAUUCGCUCAGUGGCCAAGGUAUGGAUGCUGGUAUCAUGGAGGCCUUCCUACCCAAGACAAAGCGCGAAUUCGCUCAGUGUCCAAGGUAUCCAAGAAGGAAGACAGAGAUGAUGUGUUGGGAAAAGCGCGAAUUCGCCCGGUGCCCAAGUUGCAUGGACGCCGUCUGCCUACUUCCCUCCAGUUCAUCAAACUUUCUUGA